GAGCCACCCGAACAGAUCGCCUUCAAAGCUCGGAGGCCAUCAUUACUAAAGAAAAAAGAAACGACGGGAUCGACGAAGCUGAGCUGGUAAUCUGCUCUGCUGAACUGAACAGUCUACGAACACACGACGAAGAAAGAAAAAACGCGAGUGUGGUGAGUGCGUGUGUGCUUUUCGAACGAAAAUUUUCUAUUCCCCGUGGUGGAAAAGUGCAAUUUCCCGACGAAUUCGCUUGCAGAAACGCUUCCUUCCAAUCGCAGACGUUGGCCACGUUGUCCAACUCGGGUGUGCAAUCGGAUCCGGAUCAGAAGGGCAAGCGAGAACUGCGGAUUUCGCUUCGGAUUCUUCCUCCCGUUUCCACCCGCUGCGACCUACCCGUUCGCCAACGUCGUCAGCAUAUUGCCAUUGGGCUUAACGCAAGUGUGUUGACCAGGAAGGAGGUGAAGAAGAAGUGCUCGCUGCCGUUUGAAGUUUUUUUUUCUCGAUACGAUUUUUCUUCCUCUUGAGAUUUUCUCUGCUCCGUCCCCGAUUACCGGACGGUUAAGCCCCGUGUACUGGUGUGAUGAAGUAAGGAAAACAGUGCCACACGGGAGGAAGAAAAUCUGAAGUUUGUGUUCGAAUGCUGUGAACGGGUCGUAGGAGAGUUGAAAAUAAUAAAAAAAAUAAGUGAUUAGCAAGGUUUUUGGGGGUUUACAGUGUGCUCUUUUGUGGAGAUCCUCCAAACUCGAACAGGUCGAGAAAGGAUAGCUUGGGUGAUUGAAGGAAACAUACAUUGAAGAUAAACGCCAAACUGGGAACUGAGAAGAAGAACAAAAUGAAUGAGUUCAUCGUGGCAGGCAAAUACCGGAUCAUCCGCAAAAUCGGAUCCGGCUCAUUCGGCGACAUCUAUCUGGGCAUCAACAUAACCAAUGGCGAAGAAGUGGCUCUUAAAAUGGAAAGUCUGACCGCACGGCACCCGCAGCUGAUGUACGAAUACAAGCUGUACAAGGUGCUAAUCGGGGGCGUCGGAAUUCCACACAUCCGUUACUUCGGUCAGGAGCGAAACUACAAUGUACUGGUGAUGGAUCUCCUGGGGCCUUCGCUGGAAGAUUUGUUCAACUUUUGCAGCCGCCAUUUCACUAUCAAAACGGUGCUGAUGCUGGUCGAUCAGAUGAUCGGUCGGCUGGAGUAUUUGCAUAUGAAAAAUUUCAUCCAUCGGGACAUCAAGCCAGACAACUUCCUAAUGGGCAUCGGGCGGCAUUGUAACAAGCUUUUCAUGAUCGACUUUGGACUGGCGAAAAAAUAUCGAGACUUCCGGUCGCGCGUUCAUAUCAUGUACCGAGAGGAUAAGAACCUAACCGGAACCGCCCGCUACGCCUCGAUUAAUGCCCACCUCGGAAUCGAACAGAGUCGCCGGGACGACAUGGAGUCGCUAGGCUACGUAAUGAUGUACUUCAACCGGGGCUCGCUGCCCUGGCAAGGACUGAAAGCCACGAACAAGAAGCAGAAGUAUGAAAAGAUCUCCGAGAAGAAAAUGUCCACCCCGAUUGAGCUGCUCUGCAAGGGCUUCCCGGCGGAGUUCGCGAUGUAUCUCAACUACUGUCGCAGUUUGCGGUUCGACGAAGGACCGGACUAUAUGUACUUGAGACAACUGUUUAGAAUCCUAUUCCGUACGCUCAAUCAUCAGUACGACUACACCUUUGACUGGACGAUGCUGAAACAGCGAGGGAUCCUGAAGGGAGGCACCAACGCUCUGCCCCACGCAACCGGCGAAGGGAAUCGCGAGGAACGGCGUGAUAAAGAUAAGCAACCAACUGAAACUGAGAAAUAGAAAUUUAAAUUUUUUUUUAUGUGUAAAAUAUAUAAUAUUACUAAACUUGAGUAAACAGAAGAAGUAGAAGACAAAGCAAGGAGGAGAGCAAAACGAAACGAAACAAAACAUGAUUAAUGUGAAAGCGAAUUAGCGAGAGCAGCAGAAGAGAGAUAGGAAAGGAAGGAGCGAGUCAAAAAACGAAAAGGGGGCAGUAGAAAUACAAACAGACAAACAAACCAGCUAGAAGCUAGUGAGAGUGCAGUUGAUUGUGCAUUGUUUUCAAGAGGAUGAUUAUCUGUAAACCUUGAAACAGAGACACACACACACUUGAAAAUGGAACGAGUGAAGUGGGAAUUUGCGUUGAAGAGAAUAAUAAAUAAAUCAAGAAAAACAAGAAAACAAAACAUUAGCAAACUCUAACUUUAAUUAAACAAAAGUAUGUAUAAUUAAAAUAAUGUUAGUAAUUUAAAAUAUUGAUUAAAAGAAAGCUGAAAGCUGGCGCCGGUUCAGGGGAAUCAGGAAUGUAGGGACGGCAAACGUAGGAACGGACGAAACUCAAAAAAAAACAGAACUGCACUUCCCAUUCGUCCUUUUCUACAUUUGUAGUAACACUUACAAAACCUUCAAAACAAUGACCAUGGCGAAAGAAUUACCACAAACAUACACCGACGUACAUACGAACACACACACAUACAUACAUAAACAAUCGUGCACCAGGCAUAAUCAUGUUAUUCAUCACGCGAUACUUUCUUCCCCCGUUGUCCGAAACAUUUUAUAAUACACUCUUAUACAAAAUCACUCACUCCGAAGCAGCAGUCAUACAGUGAAAAUGUACACGUUUUGCACGUGUUUGUUCAGGCGAAAGUUUGAUAAGAAAAACAGCUAUUAAUACAAUACUACUAUUACUACUACAAAAAAAAGGAAAGCCACACUGGGGAUACACGCAAAUGCGCAAAUUUGCCAAUUGUUUUGUUUUCCAAUAGGUUCUAAGUUUAAAAAACACUCAUUUUCUCCCUUUUGCUUCUCAACUGAACUGAAGAGUGAAGGAGAAAACGUUGAAAUUACCCGUUACAAGGAAACAAACAAUAACAGAACACAGAAGAAGAAGUAAAUAAACACAGCCAAUACAACAAAUAACAAGAAGUUAAACAAAGCAUGUUUAUGUAGAAUGUAAACAAAAGUCCCUUACUCAUGGAACUCAAACCGUAGUAGGCAUGAGUAAAUUUUUGUCGUGAAUAGAACCAAUUGUAUGUAUUGAAAAAAACAAAAUCGAUGCAACAUAUACAUACAUCCGUGCAUCAGACGCGCUUUGUGCGCAUAGUUACUCUUGACUACUUACUCUAAGGACGCGCCUCGUUUCUUUUAACUUUUUUGUUUGCUUGUUACCGUCUGCACCUACUCCAUUUCACUCUCUGCUGUUUGUAAUAGACGAACAAGACCUUACGAAUAUUCUCAGUUUCUCCCCGGCCCCUGUUGCGCUCACCUUUCCUGUGAUUAUUCCGCUUUCAUGUUUCGUUAUUUUCGUUUCAUUUUUAUUUCAUUUUUUGUAAUUUUAAAUAGAAACGCGUCUGCAUUGCGCCCUUCAAUCUUUUUUCUGUAGAAACUGAUCAAAACACUGCUCUUUCUAAUUUAGUUAGAAAGAUACAUAUAUAUAAAAAAGUGUCGAAACAAACACGUGUUAGAGUAACGAAACAAAUGGAAAACUUGAAGAAAAUAAUAAAAUAAUCGAAUAUGCUAUCAACAAAACAAAGUAAGUGUACAUAUAUUAAACAAAAUAAAACAACCAACAAAUCACGGCGACGAGAGUAAACUGAUAAAGCAAAACAAAAACUGUUGACAUGUUGAAGGUGAAGAGAAGCAUAAAAUUUCUUAUAAAAAAAUAACGGAAGUGUGAAUCAAAGCGAGCAACAGCUUAGGAGAAAGAAAAACUUAGAACGACACAUAUUAUAAACUAAGACAAAGUGUAAUAGCAAACAACAGGCAGGAAAGGUUGGCACCUUUGUUGAAUUUAAUAAAAAUACAAACACACACACCAGAGCAGAGCCGGUAACUGUUUUACUAUCUCGCUAAGAUUGGGCUGGAUUUCGAACAGACUUCGGACACGGCUGUGGAGAAACUGCGGGACCCAGCUCAGAGAUGGCUAAUGGAUUCUUACACCAACAAAGCAAAACAACAACAGCAACAGAAAAAAAAGAGAAAGAAAGAAACAAUAAAUUUCAGCCGAUAUGUGGAUGCGUGGCGAAACGUACCGCGCACCCAGCGGGAAGCGGAUCCAUUAUAACUAGAGUAUAAUGAUUAUUUUUUCUUGAAUGAUUGAAGAUUAAAAUGAUAGGUCGAAGAAGCAGCAAACAGUUAUGGAAUAAAGAAAAACUAGACACAAAAAA